GCAUUUUAGACCUUGUUUAAAAUAUAAAUGACAUUAUUAGAAUAAUCAACUUAAAUAUGAAUAUUUAAUGCAAUGACAAAUUAAAGUUUGAUAGUGGUAGAGAAUCAGAAGUAACAAAACUUGCAUGCACAGUUAAAAUAGGCAACCCCAGAUGUUAUUAUUGCAAUUGAUGUAUAUAUGUUUUCCUCAAGACAACAGUACUGAAGGAUAAUCAAAGUAAACUUUAUAUAAAGGGUUCAGUAAAUUGCCUGAAUUUUGUUUUGGUAAAAGUUUAUCAGCCAAUUUGAGCCCCAAGCUCAGAAGUGAGAUCACAAUUAAGAUUGGCUGCCUGUUCUAAGCAAAUAAAAAGUGGUGACUUUAAGAGUGCAGUUUAGUCAUCAGCAAAAAACUUUAGAGAACUUUAUGCAGCUCUGUAUAUACUUAUUACAAGCUUGUGUUACAAUAUCAUUUUCAACAUCAACUUAGAAAAAUGGCACAUCUUUUAACAAAUGUUCCUACAUGUUUUGCCAUGGUUGGACUACCGGCUCGGGGAAAAACAUUCAUGUCAAAGAAGCUUUCACGUUAUUUAAAUUGGAUAGGUGUCAAAACUAAAGUUUUUAAUGCUGGCGAAUACAGAAGAAAGUUGUAUGGUACAGUAAACUGUAAGCAUGACUUCUUUGAUCCAUCAAAUAUCAGUGGUCAUGAAGCACGCAUGCGUUGUGUUGAGUUAGCUUUAGCAGAUGUCGAAGAUUUUCUAAAAAAUCAAGAUGGACAAGUUGCAAUUCUUGAUGCAACAAAUACCACGCGAGAGCGAAGAGUGUAUGUGCACAAUCGAUGUCUUGAUGCUGGUAUUAAGAGCUUCUUUAUUGAGUCAAUAUGUGAUGAUCGUGAUGUUAUUUAUCAAAAUAUUAUGGAAGUAAAAGUUUCAUCCCCAGAUUACGUAGGAGUUGAUGAGCGUGAAGUAUAUAAUGACUUUAUAUCAAGAAUUCAUCAUUAUGAAGCAUUAUACGAAACAUUGGAUCUUGAUUUAGAGGGGCAUUUAUCAUUUAUUAAAGUUAUAAAUGUUGGAAAGAAAUUUUUGGUGAAUUUAAUUUCUGGUUACUUACAAACAAGAGCUGUUUAUUUCCUGAUGAAUAUUCACAUUGCUCCACGAUCAAUUUAUUUAACUAGGCAUGGUGAGAGUUUGUUGAAUUUAUCAGGUAGAAUUGGUGGUGACUCAAGUCUUUCUAAUAGUGGAAAAGAGUAUAGCAAGAAGUUAAGAGAUUUCAUAAGUUCUCAAAACAUUCGUGACCUAAAGGUUUGGACCAGUACUUUAAAAAGAACAAUAGAAACUGCUGAGCUUAUUGAUGCUGUUAAUAAAGAACAAUGGCCAGCACUGGAUGAAUUAGAUGCAGGUAUAUGUGACAAUAUGACUUAUGAGGAGAUACAAGAAAAAUACCCAGAAGAUUUUGCUCGUAGAGAUCAAGAUAAAUAUCACUAUAGAUAUCCAAGAGGGGAGUCUUAUGAAGAUGUUGUAUCUCGACUUGAGCCAGUUAUAAUGGAAUUAGAAAGACAGCACAAUGUUUUAGCAGUUUGUCACCAAGCUGUUAUGCGUUGUUUACUAUCUUAUUUUUUGGAUACAAAAGCAAAUGACAUACCUUAUCUAAAUGUUCCUCUUCAUACUGUUUACAAGCUUACACCUGUUGCUUAUGGUUGUCGUGUAGAGACUUUUAAAUUAGGAGUCAAUUGUGUUGAUACAUAUCGUAAAAGACCAAAUGAUGUUCGUAUAGAUAGAUCUCCUAUUGAAGCAUUAAAAACAGUUCCUUCACAUGAUGUGCUAGAGUAUGAUUCAAGUUGGAACAGAAAAGUUUCAAAGCCAGUUGUUUCUAUUCCCAUAGAAACCUUAGAAUUAUAAUUAUUGUUUUUUUGAAUGGAAUAUAAACGAGAAAAAUAUCAGUCAAGCAAGUUUAAAUCGGCUAAAGAAACAGCUGCUUUAUAUUUUGACAUUUAAUAAUUAAGUUGCAUUUAAUGCAAUAGCUAUACCGAUUUUUAAAGAAUUUUUUUAUACUAUUGUUGCAUUUAUAUUUAUAACGUUGUCACAACUUGGUUUUGUAAAAGUAUUUAAUAAUCUCAUUAAUGAGUUUUGCAAAUUGUAGUAAAUACUAUUUGUAUAAAAACGGAGACAUAGUCUCACGUAUAUAUUUAUUUAUGCACCGGAAAAAUGAAUUAAAAAUAAUAA